AUGACGGGUAAUUUCUCCCCCAAUCUCAAUCUCUGUAAUUUCUCCUCCAAUUAGGCUGGAAGGGAUGGUAAUUAGACGAACAUUGUGCUUACCAUAAAUUGAAUGCUGUGAUUUGUAGGCUGAAUCACAGUGAAUUAGAACUUGUUGUUAACAUCCGGUCACACUGGAGCUUACCUAACAGUGGACCAAAGACAUUUAAAAGGAAGGAAUCGGUGACUGCAAUUGUUGAUAGACAUAGCUAUGGCUUUCUUCAGUUAGUAGAUUUCGUAGGUGAGCGCUGUAUGUGGGGUUCGAAGCAGUACAUUUCUUUUUUGCGAUCUCUAGAAAAUGAAUCUAUCGAGAUUAAAAGUGACGAAGAACUAUUACAGUGGUUUGAACUCAACCAAGAGAGAAGGGUUGUGCACAUUGAUGCCCAAAUCGAUGUCUUUCAAGGGCCAAUACAGUUCUCACCCACAAAACGAAGGUGUCACCCUACAGUGAGAAACAAACUAGUUAAAUCUCCUAAUACUCCACCUGCUAUUUUGGAUCUUCCUCUUGCUCCAACACAAUCCACUCAAGAUGUUAGGGAGCCCAUAACUGAGAUAGCCACAAACACAUAUGAGACACCCACAGCUUAUAAACCCACUAGGAAAGGGAGUAAGAACAAGAGAAAACGUGCAGAUGAUGAUGAAGAGCCAGUUGGAGUUGAUGAGGAGGGCAACUACUCUGACACUGAAUCACUUGCUGCACGAAGUGAUAGUAGUUAUGAUUCUGACAUGGCUACAUCUUCUGAAUCUGAUUUCUCUGACACUGAGUAUGAACCUGAUGUUGAAAUAUUUGAUGAGGAUGAAGAGGAUGAUAUUUCUGUCUUUUCUUAUGAUGUUGAUAAUCCAUGUGUUGAUAUUGGUGUGGUCUUUCCUGAUGUGAAACAAUGCAAAUCAGCAUUAACCCAGCAUGCAAUAUUGAAUGAUUAUGCUUUUCGUACUGUGAAGAAAGACCAUGAGCGUUUUCGAGCCAAAUGCGUGAGAGCAGAUAAGGGCUACAACUGGACUUUUUUUGCAUCUACCAGCAAGAAGAAAUACAUUGGAUGCAAGGUUAAGAAGAAUGGGCCAACUCACAAUUGUGGUUCAGUCAAUAACUGUGGUGAUACAAUGGCCACAAAUAAUUGGGUAGCUGAAAGGGUGGUUGAUUGGUUGAAGGAGGAUCCAAAAAAGGGACCAAAGGAGUUACAAGCUGCAUUGAAGAAGAGAUGUCCUGAUGCCAUUGCAUACUUAGAUGAGAAUCAUCCCUACUUAUGGAGUAGAAGCAAAUUUUCUGAUCAUUGCAAGGUUGAUUACAUCAAUAACAACCUCUCUGAAUCUUUCAACAACUGGGUCAAAGAAGUAAAAGACUUGCAGAUUGUGGAGAUGCAUGACAAUAUAAGACGAAUGAUCAUAGCCAAGUUUGAACUGAGGAGUAAGAUUGCUGAGUCAAUGGAGGGCAAAAUAAUUCCAUCUAUUACUAAGGCUCUUACAGCUCAAAGCAAAGCUAUCAAGGACUGUGAAGUAUUAAGGUGUGGACAAGGCACUGCUGAAGUAAGUGCACCUACCAAAUCAGGAGCACUUUUCAGGUAUGCAGUAAACUUGGAGUUGAAAACAUGCAGAUGCAGGGCUUGGCAAGUUAGUGGAAAACCUUGUAGACAUGCUUUAGCCUUCAUUGCAAAACUUAGUAGAGAAGUCCACAUGGAUGACUAUGUUCAUGAAUACUUCUCUGUUGCCAAGUUCAAAAAGGCCUAUUCUGGUGUGUUCAAUCCAAUGACAUCAAAGCAGUUUUGGCCACGUGUCGAUCCUGGUUAUAAAAUCAAGAAGCCAAUAUUGAGAAGAAAGCCUGGGAGACCAAGGAAAUCUAGGAUCAAGGCAUCAGAUGAACCGGGCAGCACAAAGCAAAAGAGGUGCCCAGAAUGCCAUGAACUAGGCCAUACAGCUAAGAAGUGCCAAGGAGGUCUUACUGCUAGACAGAAGAGGAGCCGCUUGUCUUCUGACAAUGCAUUAGAGGAGGGAAGCAAUGAUCCUAGUGCUACACUUCCAUCAUCAUCACGGCACAUGGGGAGAGGUAGAGGUAGAGCUAUGAGGUUAUCAUCUAUUGAAUCAUCUAAGUAAGUGAUGAAUGUGCACCCUAUUUCCUUCUAAAUUGUACAGAUUUCAUAUGCAUGAUGAUUGCAAUAGUUAUUGAGACAUUUUUUACUCCAAUGUUUUGCAGCGCUAGUACAAGUCACAUUGAAGGAGAAGCACCACCAACAGGAAGGGGUAGAGAAAGAGAAAGAGGAAGGGGUAGAGAAAGAGGAAGGGGAAGAGGAAGAGGUGUUUCAAGGCUUGCUGCAUACUUCAACGCUUAGAAAAUGAUGUUUAGGUGCUUAAAUGUGGCCUAGGAUUGUACUGCAUUAUUUUGGAAUGCUCAUGUGAUCUAGACAUGUACUCACUCAUGUGAUCUGGACAUGUUUUCUCUUGUUUUGGGGUGCUCAUAUGAUCUGGACAUGUACUCACUCAUGUGAUCUGCUUAAAAUGUUGGUGACAUGUAUGUUCUA